AUGGAACUGAGUAACUCCAUUACGGAGAAAAAGAAUUUGCAGGUUGAGAUCUUUCUCAAGUUUGCGUCCAAUGCGGGCACAGGAGAUGUCGGACGUCGUGUUUUGACGUUCAACGAUUUUCUUAGAAUGGUUUCGAGCUCGAAAGCAUUGUAUUCAAAGUUUACCGACCAUUCCUACAACUUGAAUCAAAUUCCUGAGCAGGCAUUCGGAUGCAUUUUCUUCGCGAUUGAUGAAAACAACAAAGGCUAUCUUACUCUCAAUGACUGGUUCCACUUUAACAACCUACUAGAAUGUGACAACUACCACAUGAUCAUUCUGUAUGAGUUUUUCAAGAAAUUCGACGUGGCCAGACUUCGCAGCGCCAAAACUUCACGUUCCGCAGAAACCAAAUCUAUCGAUUUGGCUGACGAUCCGAGAAUCAAGCCCGUAAAUUACGGAAGUCGAUUUUUGAGCUAUGACAGUUUAUACUUGAACCUCGUUCAAUUCAAAAAAACCAUCAAUACCCUGCACGAGGCUGUUGGGGAUGAGUUUUUGAAGUCUAAUCGUCUUCUUCUCAAUUGGGAUGACUUUAGAUGGUUGAAAUUCUAUCAGAGUUUUCCUUACAACAAAAGUGAGGGUCCGCAUAUCAGUUUAAAUUCUUUGGUGACAAUAUUACAAAACGACUUGAAAAACGAAAAACUGUACCUUGGAUUUGAGAGACUAUCCCAUCUAAAUCACAGAAACAACUCCCUUGUUUUGAAUAAGAAUCAGCUGGUGUAUUUGCUGAAAAUAUUUUACUCCCACAAGAUAUCUGCAGACGUUUUCAACUCUUUGAAUCUAUCGAAUACCAAGCUGAUAAAAUCCGAUAACAACUACAUUAACUACAACGUUUUCAAGGAUGUGUUCUAUUUGUUCCAGAAUUUUGACCUGCUAAACCAGGUUUUCAUGAGGUAUGCCAAAACGCACAAUUUUGAUGAUCAAGACCUCAGAGAGUGCGUAAUCUCCAAAGAAGACUUAAAGAAUUUUUUGAGUGUGGAAUACAAUAAGGUGAACAACAUCAUCGAGUUUUCGCCUUCGCAGAUCAACCUUUUGUUUUCUAUUGUCGCAAAUUCAAAGAGAGGCAGGAUGAUUGAAAAGUAUUUGAAUACCCACCACGAAGACACAGCGAUUGAACAUUUCAUUCAAAGAGAGUUUUGCAAUGGGGGCAAUCAACAUAAACAAAGUAUGAGAGACUUCAACAACAACUAUCGUGAAGUCAUCAGCGGCAUCUCCGGAGAGCUGGAUAGCACGAAGAAGCAACGUCACCACACGUCGUUGAGCUUGUUGGAACGUGUCCUCAAACGUAAAGAAAAUGACGAGGGAUUCUCAGAGCUUGACCUUACAAUUGACGAUUUCCUGAAGAUUCUGAACCCCAAUUAUCUCAAUGACCUCGUACAUCAAAUGGAAAUUCGUCAAACGCAGAAUGAGUCCCUAUACACCAACUUCUACUUUUUUCCUAUCUUCGAUUCCAUCCAUAACUUUUUGUUGGGUUCGAUAGCGGGGUGUAUAGGAGCAACCGCGGUAUACCCUAUUGACCUCGUAAAAACUCGACUACAAGCACAGAGAAACUCUUCUCAAUACAAAAAUGCUUUCGAUUGCUUUUACAAGAUAUUAUCACGCGAAGGAAUCAGAGGUAUUUACUCAGGUCUAGGGCCGCAGCUGGUGGGUGUUUGUCCAGAAAAGGCCAUCAAAUUGACAGUCAAUGAUUACGUUCGCAGAAAGCUUAUGUACAGCAACCAACACUUAUCCUUUCCGCUAGAAGUUGUCUCAGGAGCGGCAGCUGGGGCCUGUCAGGUUGUAUUUACCAAUCCACUUGAAGUGGUAAAAAUCCGAUUGCAAGUCAGGUCUGAAUAUACCGCUGCUCUAAAUGACGCGAAAGUCAACGCUAUUAGCAUAGUAAAGUCUCUUGGAUUAAAGGGUUUGUAUCGUGGGAUUGGAGCAUGUCUUAUGAGAGAUGUUCCCUUUUCAGCGAUUUAUUUCCCGACGUAUGCUCAUUUGAAAAGAGACCUUUUCAAUUACGACCCUCAAGAUAAAAGCAAAAGAUCGAGACUACAUACUUGGGAGUUACUUACUGCCGGAGGUUUGGCAGGCAUGCCUGCAGCUUACUUGACGACACCAUUCGACGUUAUCAAAACAAGGCUACAGAUCGAUCCAAGGAAGGGAGACACCAAGUAUAAUGGCAUUUUCCAUGCUGCCAAGACAAUCUUCAGAGAGGAAAGUUUCAAAAGCUUUUUCAAGGGAGGGGGCGCGAGAGUCCUUCGUAGUUCUCCCCAAUUUGGCUUCACCUUGGCGGCCUAUGAAAUUUUCCAAAACUUAUUCCCACUAAAGGAAAAGAGUGAAACGACUGUCACCAUGAACAGUGAGACGCCAACAUUGACAGGUACAUUUUCGAAAGCUUUGGCCUCGUUGAGAGAGUCGUCGAAAAACCACGUUGAGAUUACCGAGUUUUAUGGACCUUCGGUGGAUCCGUAUAGCUCGAACUACUUGAAUUAUUACUACAAAAGUUGUCAAGUAGCCAAAUUAUUUAUAGAUCUGGACUACAAUUUUGCCAAGUUUGACUUUGGGGUAUAUUCCAAGUUUCACAACUUCAUCAAAGAAGCAGAAUCAAAGCCAAAAUAG